AUGACCAAUCCUACUCUCAUCGUCACUGGAGUCUCGCGCGGUAUCGGCAAGAGCAUCGCCUUGCUCGCGAUCCAGAACCUCGGCGCCAACAUCGUUGGUGUUGCCCGCUCCAAGGACGCCCUUGAACAGCUGUCGAAGCACAUCGAGGAAGAUCUUAAGCUCAAAGACCGCUUCAAAUUCAUCGUUGGCGAUGUCACCGCCGAGUCCACAACCAAGGAGCUCAUCUCUUUGGCCAAAAAGUCUUGGAGUGGACGUAUCGAUGGCCUUGUCCUUAACGCUGGAGUUCUCGAGCCUUUGGGAUCUAUCGCCAGCACAUCUGUUGAGGAUUGGAAACAGGCUUUCGAUAUCAACUUCUUCUCGAUCCUUACCUUAGUCCAGCACGCCCUCCCUGCCCUGCGCGAGUCCAAGGGCCGUGUUGUUUUCGUCAGCUCUGGCGCCGCCAACAGCGCUUACCACGGAUGGGGAGCUUACUGCUCGUCGAAGGCAGCGCUGAAGAUGUUUGGUGAAACACUUGCCAAGGAGGAGUCUGAGCUGACCUCGAUCUCGGUUCGCCCCGGAGUUGUCGACACUGAAAUGCAGGGCGUUAUUCGUAGCCAAGGUGGUGAUAAGAUGACCCCUACAGAGCACUCAAAGUUCUUGGAGCUGCAUUCGUCCAAGUCAUUGCUCCACCCCGAUGAGCCUGGAUACGUCAUUGCUGCUUUGGCUGUCAAGGCACCCAAAUCGCUCAGUGGAAAGUCCUUGUCAUGGAAUGAUGAGGAGUUGAAGGCCUACCGCAAGUAA